AUAAUUUUAACUAGGGAUGGGAAAGUCGAUCCGUCGAUUCUUCGAUACCCCGAUUUUUUGAUACAUAAUCGAUAAUCGAGGAUCGGCGAAAAUCACCGAUUAUUAAAAUUCUGCAGGAUGUAGACGUAAAGUGCUGCCUAGCAGCGGUUCAUCGCUGUCGUUGCAGUAAUUUUAGUCAGUUUUACAACUAAAUAAAUAACCAUAAACAAUAUAAUAAAUAAUAAAUGAAAUAUAACAUAGCUUACCACAGCUCAGUUGCCACAAUCCCGUAAGCGGGAACGGAGGUUGGCGAUUUCGUACUGUGCAUUUAGGGUUAUUUAUUUAUUAACGCAGUGUUAUCGUAUAAAGAAAUUGUAGCCCAACUUUUACUUGCUGAAUACACCCACAUUGGUAGCCAUGUGCACAAAAUUUCAAGAUUCUACUGAGAAGUGUGCCACGUUUUCUACGUUUCUAGUAUAUUUAUUCACUUGCGUUGUUGCAUAUUUAUUUUCGUCAAUGAUUUUUUUUGUUAACCAGCAUUUGUCUAUACAUGAACUUUCACAGGUUUGCCAACUUCCGGUACAGAUCUUAUUCUCAAUUACUUAACGAUAAAAUGCAAGAAUAAUGUGGCCAUAGCCCGUAACAUUUUACGAGUUACGUAUUUUCCGUAAUUUAUUUAAUAACAGUAAACAUUAAAUCACCAGUUAAUUACGCAACUUAAACAUAAAAUUUCAAUGGACGUUUUUGAAACACGUUUUCAUUCCAGUAAGUUACCAGUACGGCAACUGUAGAAAUUUUCUUACAUGCUUUUGUUUCCAGUGAUGCUUCUUUGUUUGAAUGUUGGGUAAUGUUAGCGCAAUACGAAUAGUAAAAUAACAUUUUUAUUUACGUGAUGUCUAGUGAAGUGUGGAAAUACUUUGUCAUCGACCGACAAAAUUCUGGCUACGCAAUAUGUCAAAUCUGUAAAUGUACAAUCUCACGUGGCGGUAAAUCUAAAACUACAACAAACAUGAAAAAACAUCUCGAAAACAAGCAUGGGAGUUACGUUCAUGAGACGAAGAAACAAAGGCUACAUUCAUCGGAAUUGAGCGAGAUUGAAGAAAAUGAAAUAGAUGAUAGUUCAGCACAAAAUUGUUCUUCAGAGACAACCUUGCCAUUGUCAUCAAAUUCAGAUGUUAGGCCUACUGCUACUGAUUCAUCGAGAGGCAGCGGUUCAGUGUCCCCGAGGCAUGCUGAGAAAGUUGGCCAAACGAAUAUUUCAUCAAGAACACCAAACCAGUAUAGGCUAACUCCUAAAAGUCAAUACCAGCCUACAUUACAAUCAUUUAUUGAUAAAACUGCACAAUUCAAGUCCACUGAUCCUCGUGCAAAAUCAAUAACUCAGCACAUAGGUAGAAUGAUGUGCUUAGACAAUCGUCCUUUUAGCAUGGUUGAAGACAGAGGAUUCACAGAAUUUGUCAAAUUCCUUGAGCCUAGGUAUGUUUUGCCCAGCAGAAAACAUUUUUCAAAUACUGUUGUACCACACAUGUACCAAGAAUGUAGGGAAAAUGUGAACAAAAAGUUGGACGAAGCUGAACAUGUGAGUCUUACAACAGAUAUGUGGACUUCAACAGCCAAUGACGAUUAUCUUGGUCUAACUGUGCAUUUUGUUGAUUCCAAUUUUGUCUUGCAACACCUCAACAUUGGGGUUAUUCCCUUUCCUGAAUUAUCUCACACAGGGAACAAUUUGUGCAAUUUUAUCACAGAAACACUUGAAGAAUGGAAGCUGCAAUCUAAAGUUGUUGCCAUUGUAAGAGACAAUGCCAGGAACAUAACUGCUGGCCUAGAAUCAUCCGAAUAUGAACAUCUGCCAUGCCUAGCACAUACCCUGCAGCUUGUUGUAAAGGAAGGGCUACUGAACAACAAGAAUGUAAAUAAUCUGAUUGCCAACGGUCGUCGCAUAGUUGGCCAUUUCAAACAUUCUUGUAAGGCGACAAAAGAGUUAAAGAAGGCUCAAGCCACGCUGAAAAUGAAAAAACAUAAACUUAUCCAGGAUGAACCAACGCGUUGGAAUUCAUCUCUCCAUAUGCUACAGCGCUUACUUGAGCAAAAACAGUCUGUUUCUUUAGCAUCAGCAACUCUGCAGUUACCUGUGACUUUUUCAUCAGCAGAAUGGAACCUGAUGACAAAUGUAGUAAACCUUUUAAGUAUUUUCAACCAUGCAACAUUGGCUGUAAGUACUCAGUGUGUGACAGCCUCAGAAGUCAUACCUAUAAUCAACAGUUCUACUGAAGAGCUAAGGAAACCAGCACCUACUGGAUCAGGUGUACAGGGCAUCAAAAAUGAUAUGCUUGCUGCCAUAACUUUGAAGUAUUCUGAUGUUGAAGAGAAUAUGUUGUACGCAGUUGCAACAUUACUGGACCCACGAUUUAAACACCAUGUUUUUGUGCAGGACGGUAAUGUCACAAAAGCGAAAGUUUUUUUGAUUGAAGAAGCAAGAAAAACUAUCUGUUUGAAACAACCUGAAACUGAGUCUGUGCCGCAAACAUCCAGCCAAGCAAUGGAAAGCCAUGGUAUGUGGACAUUUUACUCAAACAUAAUGAAGACUGCCCCAAGUGUAAGCCACAUCGCAUCAGUUGAAGAUGAGAUUAAUGUUUACUUGGAAGAACCUAUUCAAAAUUCAAGUACCAACGUUUUCCAGUAUUGGAAAGAAAAUACCAAGUACCCAUGUUUAAAAAAACUGUCAAAGAAAUUUCUUUGCAUUCCACCUUCAACUGUACAUUCCGAGCGAUUAUUCAGCACUGCAGGACUGAUUGUUGAUCAGAAACGGAACCGUUUAGAUCCUGAACGAGUCAAAAUGUUGGUUUUUUUAAAUAAGAAUUUGUGAUCUAAUAAGAAUUUAGGAUCUAAUAAGACUUUGUGAUCUAAUAAGAUGCUUUGCCAGUUUUCAUUUAUUAUUUUAAGAACUUUCAAUUUUAUUUUGUCAAAAGUGUUGUUUUUAUGAUAUUUCACUAUGUUGUCAUUUAUUUCAAAGGUAUAAAGAUUGAAUUUGGUAGUUUCUGGUUUUUUACAAUAUUUUUAAUAAUCACAACUUUUUGUGGCUAUUUAAAGUUUGAUUGAUAAAUGUUAAUGAUUGUACAUUUAGUAAUUAAUAUACUAUUUAUUAAAUUGUAUUCCAAUGAAAUUGUUAGUAUUUUGAUGACUUUACGACAAUUCACUUUUUAUUAGUACUACUGACCUAUUACUAAAUUACGUAUUCUCUUUUCAAAAUUACAUAUUCAACUGGAUUAAACAUAAUCCACAUAAAAAAUAAUGCUUGCCCUACACAUUACACAUUACAGAAUAGUAAUUUCAAUUUCUUUAUUUCAAGUAAUGUAAAGUUUUGUUUUAUGUGUUAAAUUUAAUAGUAUUUAUUUAUUAUUUUGAAAAAUGCUUUUUUAGUGUAUUCAAUAAGUAUGUUUACUGAUUCCAUUGUAACUUAUACUUCAAUCCCGAAAAUGAGAAUCUAUAACUUAACCUAAUUGAUUGGAAUCGAUAAUCGAUAAGAAUCGAUGAUCGCAACAAGACUCGAUAAUCGGUAUCGAAUCGAAAAUUUUGAAAAUUUCCCAUCCCUAAUUUUAACUUUAACUUGCAAUGUAAGUUCGUUGCGUUUACGUUUCGCAGUCAUAUUACAAAACAACUAACACUCAAAAUUGAGGUUAAGAUACACGUGCGUGAACAAUGGAAAAUAUCAGAACUUUUUUCCAUAGAUUGUUUAAACUUCUACGUAUGUACACUUCCGACGACUAAUAUUAAUACGGGAUAGAGUUGAUUCCUUUUCGUUUUCCGUUUACAACAUGGCAUCUUUUCUAGUUUAGUUACUAACAUCGCCACUAGAGUUGAACUUUUCAUCUUGUUUUUCGACCAUUUUGCGCUGUCGGAUACAUACAUCUAUCUUUGGAGAAACGUUUGUUUACAUGACAGUUAUGAAGACGAUUUACUUUAGACUUCGGCGGUGAAAUUCGUAUUAACCGUUUACUUAUACACGUUAACAGCUACUUGAGGGAUCAAAACAACUUCGUAAUUCAUAUUAACGGUAUUUCGUAUUAAAAGUACUGAAUAACAUAGGAAAUCAUACUUUAUUUUCCGGGACUGUGAAAGUACUUCACAUAAACGGGAAUUUCGUACUAAGCGGAUUCGUAUUAAUGAGGUUUGACUGUACUAUAUUAUCGUGGUUUCCUUUAAAAAUGAUAAUUUUUCCCAAAACAGGCUUGAAAUGAUUAUUAUACUUUGGAACUCUAUGUAAAAAUACUUAUAAUCAUUUAAUUUUACAUUUUAUAAUUUAGUAUUCAUGUGGAUAUAUAUUGACAAGAAUAUUUUAUAAUGAAACAGGGUGGCCACUCACCGGGAAAACCGGGAUUUAUCAGGGAAAUCACGUUGAUCGGGAAUUAUCAGGGAAAUGUCAGGGAAUUUUUUUAAUAACCGGGAAUUUUUUGUGUCAUGUAUAUUUCCCUGCCAACCAUUACGGAUUUUCUGUAAUUAUUACGGAUUUAACACAAUAUUACGGAAUUACGGAACAUCGCUGGUUUAUUACGGAAACGAGGUUUUGUGCUGCUGGGUAACAGAAAAAUAUUCCGUUUCUGGUGUGCGUGUUUCAUGAACGCAGUUCGAAUACAUCACGUGGUUGCGCAGAUAACGGAACUGAUAAAUGUGUGCAUGUACUGUCGAAAUAAGUAGAUCACUUGUUGUGUUUUGUAAUAGAAAUGGUAUGGUAUUACGUCCGUUGUACGAUACAACUAGUACAUAUUCUCGGACUUUUCGUCUGUUAGCUACUUACAUCACGAUAAUUUUUGUACGGUACUUUGGCUAACCUGUCUUGUGUUAUUUACUUUCUUGAAAGCCAUUUUUUUCAUCAAAGUGUUUUUGUCGUGUGUACAGACGUGAAACCUUUUUAUGUUGUUCGAUAGUGUUGUGUUCUUCAGUGCCGGUUGUAGAAAUGAAGCGUGUGACAGAACAAUGUGUAUCUGGGUCAAAAAAAAAAAAGAACGUUAUUCUUCAGAACUUUCGACCAAACUAUAUAAAAGAAUGGCCAUGCUUGUCAUCUUCAAAUGUUUUGGAACGCCACGCUUUUUGUAAUGUAUGCACGUGUGACUUUUCGAUUGCGCAUGGUGGAAGGGAUGACUGAGGACGGCAUAUUGAAUCAAAGAAACAUGCAGAACAUUUUAAAGCCGUGACGAGCAAUAAAUCUAUAUCGUAGUUUUUCGUUACAUCUGAAGAAACGAAAGUAACAAACGCAGAGUUAUUGUUUACAAGUUUUUUGGUAGAACACAAUUUACCGAUAGCAGUAGCCGAUCAUUCGGAUAAUUUGUAUAGAGCUAUGUUUCCGGACUCAAAAAUUGCACAGAAAUACAGCUGUGCGAGAGCAUAAACAUCUGCCUUAGUGGAGUAUAUAGCUGGUGAAACUAAAUUGAAACUGUUGAAUCUUUAGUAAGUGGACCAUUUGCUUUAGCUACAGAUGGGAGUACUGAUUGUAAUGCAGUGAAGAUUUAUCCAUUAGUUGUUUCACAACUAGAAAUGUUACACUUCAAAAAUGAAUUAAAGAAGUUAUCAAAAGUUGUGUGAAAAAAUGUUUGAGCACUCGCCACUGAAAUACCCCAUUACAUAAAACAAAACACAGACUGCAUGUCAUUGAACGGGACGCUAUAAUGUAAAGUGACAUAUUUAAAAUGUAUUUGUUAUUUAACGAACUUCCGUAUGUAUAUAAUGAAGAAAAUACAGCAGGGUGCUAAAAUAUGAGUAAUCUCUUUCUAUAAUAUAUUUUUUCAUCAAAAGUAUGUUUUUUUUUGUAAUUGUAAAUAUCAGGGAAAUUUUGAAUUUUUAAUCAGGGAAAUCAGGGAAAAAUCAGGGAAUAUUUUUGGUGACUGUGAGUGGCCACCAUGUGAAAACAUUUUAUUGAGUUUUGGUAUUCAUAAAUAAAAUUGAUAUCUGUACAACUGUCAUAAAUAAUUUAUACAUCUAUUUAGUUUUAUCAGUAAAAUUAUGAAGUUACAAAUUGUUAAUGUGAACUAUGUUGCUUUUGGUAUUAUAUUUCAAAACCAAUAAAGAUAACAUUCACCUGUUUACCUCCAUCCACUGUCUCCACUAUGUCCUCUCGCAGCCCAGCCAUUGUGCCUCGCAUGAAAUACCCCUCCUAAAACAAUGUUGCCUUUCAUCCAUCCAACCCAGCACCUCUAUUUGUCCCACCAUUUACCUGACUAUCAAUCUUUCCAUUACCUUUCCUACACUAGAUGUCAGGCUGACUGAUCUUUAGAUUGCGGGGUGUGCAUUGCCCCUUCUCCUUUGAAAAUAAGCACCAUCGCUUUCCUCUUUCCACUGAUUUAGUAGCUAAGCCUCCUCCAAGGACUGUGCAAAUAGAAACUGUAAAUAUCUACUGUCCACCUGGCUCCCUAGCUUGAGGUGGCUGUUUCCCAUGCCAUCAGGUUCAGUCUUCUCCCUCCCUCAUCACAUCUUCCAUCCUUACUUCAGGCCCUCCCCCUCCCUUUUGUUCGCUACCAUG